ACGCAGCAGCACGGAGCCCGGCGCCGGGAGGGAGCCAGCAUGGCGGCCGAACACAAGACCAAGUUGUCCAAGAAUCUGCUGCGCAUGAAGUUCAUGCAAAGGGGACUAGACUCGGAAACCAAGCAGCAGCUAGAAGAGGAAGAAAAGAAGAUCAUCAGCGAAGAGCACUGGUACUUGGAUUUGCCAGAGCUUAAAGAGAAAGAGAGUUUCAUAAUAGAAGAGCAGAGCUUCUCGUUAUGUGAAGAUCUUCUCUAUGGAAGAAUGUCAUUCAGAGGAUUUAAUCCUGAGGUUGAGAAAUUAAUGCUUCAGAUGAACUCUAAGCACAAAGCUGAAGAAAUUGAAGAUGAAACUGUGGAGCUUGAUGUGUCAGAUGAAGAAAUGGCUAAAAGGUAUGAAACCUUGGUGGGGACAAUUGGAAAGAAGUUUGCCAAGAAAAGAGACCGUGCCAAUUAUGAGGAAGAUGAAAAUGGGAACAUAAAACCAACUAAAGCAAAGAAGGUGUUCUUAAAGCCCCAAGAUUAAAAUGAAUGCCUUAAGAUGUGCAUCAGGGAUGCCUCACGAAAGAUAGCAGCAUAUUUUGGAACUUACUCUGAUACUUUCUCUGUAGUUUUUACUACUAUAAUAUGUAUUUGUAAACAAAUGUAUAAUUUUAGAAAAUGCUGUUCCCAAAACAGAUGUGUGAUGGAUGUUAUACAUCCUUUGCUCAGUGGUGUUCGUCAAGAAUGGGUUUUCAGCCCUUGAUCUUCAAAUGUACAUAGUUACAUGGUUGCUUCCUAAAUAUUUUUUGACCUCAGGUUUUUUUAAUAUAGUUCUCUAG